AUGGCCGAAGGCGACAUGGACUUGGGACAACUGUCCACUACUCAGCAGGAGGCUCUCGAUCAAUAUACACAAGUGACCAACCAAGAGAUCAGCGAAGCUAUUCCGCUUCUCCGCCGCUCCGAAUGGAAUGUUCAGAUCGCAAUCGCCAAGUUCUUCGACGGCGAAGUUGCAGACCCAGUAGCUGCAGCACAACAAGAAAUACCCCGGGCGACAGCGCGGCACGAAAACCUACAAGAGAGCCUUUUUGAUGAGGCAAUUCGUGCCCCUCGAGCUUCACCUCGACAGCGCACUGAUCUAGCUCCAAGAAUCGUGCCUCAGAACCCUGUGACAAACCGAACUCCAUGGUUGCUGGGCCUGCUCCUCACCCCCUUUAGCUUGGGCUGGAGAGCUGCCUCGACUCUAUUUCGGACUUUGAUCUAUGCGCUGUCCUUCUUGCCCGCCUCAAUUCGGCCACGGGCUGUUACGAGCAGAAUCUCGACAGGCUUCAGAGGCACCAAUGGCCGAAGACCUCUCAUGCCUCGAGAUACAGCCUCGAGAUUCAAGCGAGAGUUCGAAGAGGAGUAUGGGGAGAACGAAUUGCCCUUCUUCGAGGGCGGUGUCGCUCAGGCGCAUGAUCAAGCCAAGAAGGACCUCAAGUUUAUGCUUGUGGUAUUGAUGUCGCCUGAGCACGACGAUACUGAGUCUUUCGUAAAAGAGACUUUACUAGCACCAGAAGUGGUGAACUUCAUCAAAGAUCCUUCCAACAACAUAAUUCUGUGGGGCGGAAACGUCUUGGAUUCUGAGGCAUACCAGGUGGCUCAGGAGUAUAUCUGCACCAAGUUUCCCUUCUCGGCAUUGGUUUGCCUUACACCAAAGGAGGGUAGCACACGAAUGGGGAUCGUCAAGCGACUCGUUGGACCCAUGCCCCCCUCCACCUACCUAUCAGAGCUUCGAGCAGCAAUCGAGAAGUACGGUGCAGAUCUGGAUGGAGUACGCGCAGAGCGAACAGCCCAGGAAGUCACAAGAAAUCUACGAACGGAGCAAGACUCGGCCUACGAACGGUCACUAGCUAUUGACAGAGAACGCGCACGCCAGAAGAAAGAAGCCGCGGCGGCCGCAGCUGCAGCAGAGAAGCGCGCGCAGGAAGAAGCAGAGGCAGCAAAGAGACUCGAAGAGAAGCGCGAGCAAUGGAUUGCGUGGAGAGCAACAACUAUUGUGCCCGAGCCACCAACCGGCGAUAAGAGCGUGGUACGAGUCGCACUCAAGAUGCCCGAGGAAUCGGGUAUCGGCCGAAUUGUGCGGCGGUUCCCCCAAGAUGCCUCCCUGGAGGACCUGUAUGCCUUUGUGGAGUGCUACAGCGUUCUCAAAGAGGAGGGUGCAGCGGGUGGUGAUAAGCCGGGGGAGUACGAGCACGAGUACAAGUUCCGAAUCGCCUCAAUUCUCCCCAGAACGGUGUACGAGCCUAGCACAACAGUGACGAUGGGGGAGAAGAUUGGACGGUCGGGAAAUCUGAUUGUGGAGGACAUAUCACCGGAUUCGGAAGAUGAGUCGGACGACGAGGGUGAUGACGAAGACUAG